AUGCAUCAUUUCAUAAUUAUCAUUACUCUAUAUCUCGCAGCCGUGGUAGCCGGAGGCGGAAUCCUAUCAAAACCCAAGGAACCUCCAUCUGACGAAGGCAUACCAAUGACAGACAUGAACCCCGGCUCUUCCGGAGACUUAUCCAAAACGAACGACGCUGCCAAAAGAGGAGCAUUACAUGACGAAUGCCGCUACCUCAAAGUCCACAUAACCUCAGCCGAAUCGUCAGCAAAGAGCCCAGCAAAAGAUACCACAAAGGGGACUACAAAAGGACCCACCGCAAUAACAAACUCAUAUCGCCAAGUCCUAUUAAAAGCUGACUGUCGUCGACCCAUAUCAGACCCCAAGAAAGCAUUCCCGGACGGAGACUGGCGGGAGACAAGACUGGACUUGGACAAGUGUGUCGGUUGGAAUCCACAAACACAGAAGUUCACGCCGGAGUCUGAUGGUAAGGGUCUCAUGAAGGGGGAUUGCUGGAGCUGUGAUUAUUUUACUGAAGUCAUGGGUGAAACACAUAAGGGGGAGUUCGAGUGUUAUUGUGAUAAUGUGGAGAAGAAGUCGAAGCAUAAGAUACCUCAUUCGAAGGAGAAGUCGCUGAAGGUUAAGUUUGAUCUUGAUUCUGUGUUGUGGUCGAAGGAUGGUCGUUUGAAUUGCCACAAGCACAUUGGCUCUUAA